UGGAGUCUGUGACCUAUUCCCUGACGCACUGUGACACUGAAGCGCAGCAGCAGGUGCCGGGUGCUGGGCCCAGGCUGCCUCCCACCCGGCAGCCCAGAGCCAGGCUCCUGCAAAGACCUGCCACCACCGAUCCGAAAGGGAAGGAAACACCGCUGGAGACACCAUGCGUGAGUGCAUCUCUAUUCAUGUUGGCCAGGCUGGAGUUCAGAUAGGAAAUGCAUGCUGGGAACUCUUCUGCUUGGAGCAUGGCAUUCAGCCAGAUGGCACCUUCAAGGAUCUGCAAGAUAAACUCAACUAUGAUGACUCUUUUACCACAUUUUUCAAUGAAACCGUCACUGGGAAGCAUGUGCCACGAGCUGUAAUGGUGGACUUGGAACCCACUGUAGUAGAUGAAGUGCGGGCUGGCACCUUCCGGGAACUUUUUCAUCCAGAACAGCUGAUCACUGGAAAGGAAGAUGCAGCUAAUAACUAUGCCCGUGGCCACUACACCAUUGGCAAAGAAAGCAUUGAUAUGGUCCUUGAUCGGGUCCGUAAGCUGACUGAUGCCUGUUCUGGGCUGCAAGGAUUCCUCAUAUUCCACAGCUUUGGUGGAGGUACCGGCUCUGGCUUUACCUCCUUACUGAUGGAACGCCUCUCUGUGGAUUACGGAAAGAAGUCCAAACUGGAAUUUGCCAUCUACCCAGCCCCUCAGGUCUCCACCGCUGUGGUAGAACCCUACAAUUCCAUCCUGACCACACACACCACCCUGGAGCACUCAGACUGCGCCUUCAUGGUGGAUAAUGAGGCCAUCUAUGACAUCUGCCGCCGAAAACUGGACAUUGAGCGCCCCACUUACACCAACCUCAACCGCCUCAUCAGCCAGAUCGUCUCCUCCAUCACUGCCUCGCUGCGCUUUGAUGGUGCCCUCAAUGUGGAUCUGACGGAGUUCCAGACAAACCUGGUGCCCUACCCGCGCAUCCACUUCCCUUUAGUGACCUACGCCCCCAUCAUCUCCUGUGACAGAGCAUAUCACGAGCAGCUCUCGGUGGCAGAAAUCACCAGCUCCUGCUUUGAGCCCAACAACCAGAUGGUGAAGUGUGACCCAAGGCAUGGGAAGUACAUGGCCUGCUGCAUGCUCUACCGUGGUGACGUAGUUCCCAAAGACGUCAACGUAGCAAUUGCUGCCAUCAAGACCAAGAGAAGUAUCCAGUUUGUCGACUGGUGUCCAACAGGCUUCAAGGUUGGGAUCAACUAUCAGCCUCCUACAGUAGUUCCUGGCGGAGACCUAGCCCAAGUUCAGCGAGCAGUCUGCAUGCUGAGCAACACCACGGCCAUUGCAGAGGCUUGGGCAAGGCUCGACCACAAGUUUGAUUUGAUGUACGCCAAGAGAGCUUUUGUGCACUGGUAUGUGGGUGAAGGCAUGGAGGAGGGAGAAUUCGCAGAGGCCCGAGAGGACCUGGCUGCCCUGGAGAAAGACUAUGAAGAAGUGGGAACUGACUCAUUCGAAGAAGAAAAUGAUAGGGAGUAAUUUAAAAAUACACUUUGUUCCUAGUGCGCACAGAA